UCCCCGCCUCUGGCUGGCCGCGUGAGACGGGAGAAGCGUUUAACCGAGCCGGAAGACCCGGAACGAUGUCUCAGGCCUCUGUUUUGAAGGAGUUCCGUGAAGAAGAUCUGAUGGACGUGGCUCUGGUCAGAACGAGCGUCGACGCGUGUUUGCGAGGCCACCUGGCGAGGACAGCGCGGCGCGUGGCGGUGAAACUGCUCGGCUGCUCCACCGCCGAAGGCUGUGACCGGCUUGCCCAGGUGAAGAACGCACUCACACUAGGCAGAGUCUGUUCUGAGCGAAUCCUUGUCCCCCUGGGUUUGUUCAAGGCUCCCUCUCUGUUUGGGCUGGUGUGGGACUGGAUGGCUGAGGGAUCCCUGCACUCCUUACUGUACGAGACACACGUCUAUCCAGACCUGCCCAUGGCCCCCCGGCUUCAGGUCCUUCUGGAUGUGGCGGAAGGUUUGAACCACUUGCAUGCCAUUCCUCUGCCUCACGGAGCCCUGAAGGCCACCAACGUCCUUCUUGACCAGCAGUACCGGGCUAAGUUGUGUGACUGGGGCCAGCAGACGUGCUUAGAUCUAAGGGCACCGACGUCCCAUAGUGGUAGUCCAUGUUUUAGAGACUUGGCUUAUAUGUCCCCUGAAGUUAUACAAGGAGGUGCACCAUCUAUAAAGGCUGACAUGUACAGUUUCGGUGUUCUGAUUUGGGAGGCACUGAAUCGAAGGCAGCCGUGCGAAGUUACGGAUCAUUUGCAGACGCUGCUACUCUCUGCUCAGGAGGGGGUAGAGACUGGUGUGGAAGUUAAGCUGUUGCCCCUGGAAACUCCCCAAUGCCAUGUCCUCACCCGGCUUGUGAUCAGAUGCUUGUCCAGUGAACCAAACCGCCGUCCGCUGGCUGAAGAGUGUGUAGUUGAACUCAGGAAGGCAGUGGCGACGUUAGGCUCAGACGCUGGUACGACAGCUGCCCGCAGGCUAAAAGAGUGCAAGGAGAGGGCGAUGCUUUGCUGUAAAAACCCUACAGCAUGGGCGCUUCCCGUUGAACUCAACAACCUAGAGGGCUACAGUGGCGGCAUGCGCAGAAAGAACCUGACCUCUAAGACGAUUCCAGUGAACGGGCCUUGUUUGAGUAAAGCUGCUCCACGGAUCCCCAAGUCAGAUGAGACCAGUCCAAGAGGAACCCUUCCUGUCCCGGCUACUGCAAGGGCUUCCCCUCCAGCUGGAUGCUGUAAGGGUACUGCGAAUAAUCCGGUUUUGUCCAAGGGAACGUCCAGCAUCACUUGCAAUAGCCCUGGUUUCAGAUGGUGUGGCGUCCUUUGUGAUGUGAGUCAGACACGGACCCCGACACCCCCAAACACACCGUGUGGCUCCCCUACAGCAGCGAUACAGGCCUCCCUGCAGCGUCCCAGUCUUGCAAGCCAGGUAUAUCACGGUUCUGCUGGCUGGAGCUGCUGCCGGCUCCUGCAGGAGAAGCGAGAGGCCAUCGUCCACUGUAUGACCGAGGGGCGACUCAACAACUUGUUGGACGUCCUCCGGGCGAGGCAGGCAGUGACGCGAGAGGCCUACGAGCUCAUCACGGCCGCCCUCACGUUGACCGCUCGCACACGCUGUCUGCUGGACAUCUGCUCCUGCCUGGGCGAGAAUGUCGCUCUCCUGGUGGCCAGCACCCUGGGUCUGGUGUCCAGAGAAGCCACUCACAGCUAUAGCCGCACCCAGAUGGCGUCCAAGGGGCAGGCAGGCUAAGUGAAGUCACGCCAGGCAGCUCUUCACACAAGCAUUCCCAUUUUGUUUAACGUUGACAUCUAGAGAGUAUCUAGAGAAGCAUGGUGAUCAGGCGGAGGUCUUUCAGAAGAUAAAGAAAACAACUGGACACUCGGAGGUGUGAUGCUACUAUGCUUGAUCAGAUAAAUUGAUUGAUCAGAUUACGUCAAAGUCAUCACACAACAUGUAAAGCGUGCUUAAUCACCAGGAUUGUGUCAUGUGGAGGUGUUAAAAGUUUAAUAGUCACUGGUUCCAGACGGCCCCACCCUCCAGGUGGAAUAAAGGAAAAAGCUCAUCUAAAGAGGUCAGUUUAGUGAUAAUUACAAAACCAAACAAGCGUUGUAUAUAAAACACCUUGCUGAUGAGUGAAACUGCGUUUUCUCCGUUCAUCAAGCAGACUGUUCCUCUUUAACAUGAUACAGUUUACGGUGCAUUUGAUCGUAUUAGUGACUUAGUUAUAUCAUUAGUUUGUUACAUUUCAGAAAUCUUUUUAAGGGCAAAGUUGCAUGUCCAGUUUAAAUGCCUUGUGCUUGUUUACUUUUUAAACAUGUUGUUUGAAAGGUGGGAAAUUGUGCAUGUUGUACAGCAAAGAGAAACCGGCUCUAUAGUAGUAGCAGACUUUAUCCUGCUUAAAUAGUAGCCCAAACGUCGUGUAUCUUGUAACAAGAACAUUUUUAUUAUUUUUCUUUCCAUAGUAUGACAUGUUGAUGUCUUAUGUGUGGCAGAGGUGCAUUAAUCAACAUUAUGUUUAAAUGAAUCCUAAAUGUGAUUAAGCUACUGUGGAUUGUAAAUGGUUGUAAAUUAUUAAACUUGGGGGAAAACUGGAUCCAG